AUGGGGGAGAUUGUAAACAAAAUCGUGGGUACAUAUACGUACGUGAUGGAUGAAUUGAGUGAUCCGAGGACAAGACAUCUUCCUUUAAUGUCAAAUCCACUGCCUUUACUUAUUUUAGUCGCUGUUUACCUUAAGUUCUGUACAUCAAUUGGACCCCGCUUUAUGAAAAAUAGACCAGCUUUUGAGUUAAAAACCGUUAUUAUGAUAUAUAACAUAUUCCAAGUAUUAUUAAGUGCAUUUUUGUUAAAAAAGGGUCUUUACUAUAUGCUUUCAGAAGAUUACAGCUUUGUAUGUGAUCCCAUUACACACACAAAUGAUCCUCGAGUAUAUUUGACAGCAAGAAAUUCAUGGUGGUAUUUCUUUGCGAAAAAUACAGAGUUAUUAGAAACAGUAUUCUUCGUGUUAAGGAAGAAGAACAAUCAGAUUUCUACACUUCACUUAUAUCAUCACACAAUGGUCCUCUUGAGUGCGUGGCUUGCAUGUAAAUUCUUCCCAGUUGGGCCGCUUAUUUUAGUUGGAACUCUGAACUCCUUCGUCCACGUACUUAUGUACACUUACUACUUCCUCGCAGGACUUGGACCACAAUAUCAAAAGUACUUGUGGUGGAAAAAACAUUUAACUUUGAUUCAGCUUAUUCAAUUUAGCAUUAUAAUCGCUCACAACGUUAAUGCUCUAUUCCACGAUUGCAACUACCCAAAACUUGUCCACGUUUUCUUGAUAUCAAACGCCCUGUUGCUAACAUAUAUGUUUGGUAAUUUCUACCAUAAUAGUUAUGUAAAAGUUAAGUCGAAGAAAACAGAAGUCAACGGCAAAAUCGGAAUCAAAGAAGUUCCAAAAAAUAGAAGAAAGAACACUACUGUGGGGCAAUAA